CUUCCUAACACCUAUCAUCCUCAAUAUCUCCCUCUUUUUCCUUCCUCUCAUGAUGGAGGAGUGAGAGGAGCAGCCUGUCAGCUCUGUGUUCCGCUCUGUUCACCUCUGAGUUCAGCUCUGUGUUCCGCUCUCUGUUCCGCUCUGUUCAGCUCUGUGUUCAGCUCUGUGUUCCGCUCUGAGUUCAGCUCAGUGUUCCGCUUUUUGUUCAGCUCUGAGUUCAGCUCAGUGUUCAGCUCUUUGUUCAGCUCUGUGUUCAGCUCUAUGUUCAGCUCUGUGUUCAGCUCUGUGUUCAGCUCUGAGUUCCGCUCUGUUCUUUAGCGUGCUCUGAGCAGCUGCUGUGAGUGAGCCAGAGGAACCAGUGAAGGCUGCUAUCUGCGGGUUGGAUCUGAUCCACACGGUCUCUUCUUUCCGAUGUAGUAUCAGACAUGUGGUCAAUAACAGACAAAAAGAACAUUUUGUGUUGUAUUUUAAGUUAUUAUUUCUAAGAAAAGACUUUUGCGUUUUUUAUUGACAUUGAGAUGAUGAAGGUAAGGUAAUGUCUAUGUUUUCUAUUUCUGAACAGGAAGUUUCUCCUCUCUACAGGAAGUCAACUCCACGGCGUCUCUUGACCUUUUGCUUCACCGCUGUCUAAAGAGAUUUAUGAGUUUGGGAAGAUGAACUCAUUCAUUUCAUCACAUCUCAUAUCAUGCAUGGUCCCUCGUAGCUUUUAAAAACCUUAUGAUGUGCUGGCACCUUUUGAUGUGUGUGAAGCGGUGUUGGAGCCAACAUGGCCGGUGGCCCCCAGGUUCUGUUCCUUGACUCCCAGCCUGUGUCCACGUGGUUCGAGAGGAUCAGCAUCAUGGUGAUCCUGCUCAACUGCGUCACCCUGGGGAUGUAUCAGCCCUGCGAGAACAUCCACUGCACCUCCGACCGCUGCCAGAUACUGCAGGCCUUUGAUGCCUUCAUCUACGUCUUCUUCGCUCUGGAGAUGGUGGUGAAGAUGGUGGCCCUCGGGAUCUUCGGUCAGCGCUGUUACCUCGGCGACACGUGGAACCGGCUUGACUUCUUCAUCGUCAUGUCCGGGAUGGUGGAGUACUCUCUGGACCUCCAGAACAUCAACCUGUCGGCCAUCAGGACGGUCCGUGUGCUCCGACCUCUGAAGGCCAUCAACAGAGUGCCCAGCAUGCGUAUCCUGGUCAACCUGCUGCUGGACACCCUCCCCAUGCUGGGCAACGUGUUGCUGCUGUGCUUCUUCGUCUUCUUCAUCUUCGGCAUCAUCGGGGUGCAGCUGUGGGCGGGGCUCCUGAGGAACCGCUGCUACCUGGAGGAGAACUUCACCCUCUCCCCGGGGCUGGCCCUGCCGGGCCCCUACUACUCCCCUGAUGAGGAUGACGAGCGGCCCUUCAUCUGCUCACUGGCCGCUGAUAACGGCAUCAUGUCGUGCGGCGACGUGCCGGCGCGGCGGGAGGGUGGGCGGACCUGCUGCCUGGACCGGGAGGACGCUCUCCACCCGCCAGAGCCUGGGGCUGGAGCCCGAGGGCCUGGGCCCAACGGCAGCGGCCCCGGGGCUGGGGGCCUCUGCGUCAACUGGAACCAGUACUACACCCGCUGCCACACUGGGAGCGGAAACCCCCACAAGGGGGCCAUUAACUUCGACAACAUUGUCUCCGCCUGGAUCGUCAUAUUUCAGGUCAUCACUCUGGAGGGAUGGGUGGAGAUCAUGUACUACGUCAUGGACGCCCACUCCUUCUACAACUUCAUCUACUUCAUCUUCCUCAUCAUCAUCGGCUCCUUCUUCAUGAUCAACCUGUGUCUGGUGGUGAUCGCCACCCAGUUCUCUGAGACCAAGCAGCGCGAGCACCAGCUGAUGCAGGAGCAGCGCGCGGCGUGCCUGUCUUCCUCCACGCUGGCCAGCCUGGCCGAGCCAGGUGACUGCUACGAGGAACUCUUCCAGCUCGUCUGCCACGUGCUGCGGAAGGCCCGCCGCCGCUCAUCCGCACUCUACUACACACUGAGGGGCCAGCCCCCGCCGCCCACCGGGGCCCGCAACAACCGCCGCGCCGGGGGCUGUGCGGGCAGAGGAGGAGGAGGAGGAGGAGGAAGCGGUGGGAAUGUCAACGGGGGGCGGCGCCACUCCAAGCAGCUCAGACCGUCUCCCUGUCCUCACCAGCCCCGCCCCACCCCGGACCAGGGCAGCCCACCCCCGCUGCCCCACUCCCCCGUCCCCCUCUCCGUCUCUCCCCAGCCCGAGGACUGCCCCCUGUGUGCGUUGUCACUCAAAGAGGGGGCCGGCGCGGCGGGUGACUCGGCCAAUGGGGAGGAGGAGGAGGAGGAGGAGCCGGUGGAGGGGACGGAGAAGGAGCAGAACCAGCUGGAGGAAACCAGAGAGGGAGAGGGGGAGGCCGGGGGGGGAGGAGCCAGAGGGGGGAGGGGGCGGGUGAGACCCAAGAGGAGGAGGCGGAGGAGUAGGAGGACCUGCCUGGGGCGCCUCAAGGACCUCUGGGACGAGAUGAGAAGGAAGCUGUGGGGCAUCGUGGAAAGCAAGUACUUCAGCCGCGGCAUCAUGAUGGCCAUCCUCAUCAACACCAUCAGCAUGGGCAUCGAGCACCACAACCAGCCGGACGAGCUGACAAAUGUGCUGGAGAUCUGCAACAUCGUGUUCACCAGCAUGUUCACCCUGGAGAUGGUCCUGAAGCUCACCGCCUUCGGCUUCUUCGACUACCUCAGGAACCCCUACAACAUUUUUGAUGGCAUCAUUGUCAUCAUCAGCGUGUGUGAGAUCAUCGGGCAGGCGGACGGCGGGCUCUCGGUGCUGCGGACCUUCCGUCUGCUGCGGGUAAUCAAGCUGGUGCGCUUCAUGCCGGCGCUGCGGCGCCAGCUGGUGGUCCUCAUGAAGACCAUGGACAACGUGGCCACCUUCUGCAUGCUCCUCAUGCUCUUCAUCUUCAUCUUCAGCAUCCUGGGGAUGCACAUCUUCGGCUGUAAGUUCAGCCUGAAGACGGAGGCCGGCGACACCGUCCCCGACCGCAAGAACUUCGACUCACUGCUCUGGGCCAUCGUCACCGUCUUCCAGAUCCUGACCCAAGAGGACUGGAACAUGGUCCUUUAUAACGGCAUGGCGUCCACUUCCCCCUGCGCCGCUCUCUACUUCGUGGCGCUCAUGACCUUCGGGAACUACGUCCUCUUCAACCUGCUGGUGGCCAUCUUGGUGGAAGGCUUCCAAGCGGAGGGCGAUGCCAACCGCUCCUACUCAGAUGACGACAGGUCCUCCUGUAACUUUGAGGAGAACGACAAGAAAGACUUGCUCCGCCUGUCAGACCCUAAGAUCUGCACCCUGACCCCCAACGGCCACCUGGACCUGCCCCUGGUCCCUGCGCUGUAUCCCAGGGAAACCCUGUUCCCCGGGGAGACCCUGUACCCCGGGGAGACCCUGGCCUGGUUGGGGGCCCGCAAGACCAGCGUCAUCUCACUGGGCCGCAGCGACCUGGAGCAGAGGGGACUGUAUCUCGACCGGGGGUACCACCACCCCCACCACUGGGGUCGGUCCCUGGAGCCCCGCCUCCAGGCACUGUGGGCGCGACGCUCCAGCUGGAACACCUACUCCCCCUCCACCCCCACCUCCCCAACCUCCUCCCCCGCCCCCUCCUCCACUGAGCCCCGCCCCCUCUACGGCCACGCCCAGGGGCGGGGCAGCCUCCGUGUGAGGGGCCCGCGCGCUGCCUCCUCCCCCCACCACUACCACCACCACUGGGGGCCCCGGGACGAGGAGUCGCUCCUCCUGCAGUUCGCCCCCGGCCCGCUCCACGCCCAGCCCCGCAAGAAGAGCUGCACCGGGGGGCUGCUGAUCGGGGGCGGGGCCGGGGGCGGGGCCCUGGCCUCCGACCACCAGGACUGUAACGGGAAGACCCCCCUCGCCCAGCUCCUCCAGCCCCCCCCCCUGAGGCCGGCCGGGGGGGGCGGGGCCUCCUCCUCCACCCAGCUGAUGGCGGAGGUCUUCCCUCAGGUCAACACACGCAGGAAGGACCAGGAGGACCUGGACGACGAGACGGACUACAGUCUGUGUUUCCGGGUGCAGAAGAUGCUGGAGGUCUACAGACCGGACUGGUGUGAGACCAGAGAGGAGUGGUCCGUCUUCCUCUUCUCCCCGGAGAAUAAGUUCAGACAGCUCUGUCAGGCCAUCAUCGCCCACAAGCUCUUCGACUACAUCGUCCUGGCCUUCAUCUUCUCCAACUGCAUCACCGUCGCUCUGGAGCGGCCAAAGAUCCUGCAGGGCAGCCUGGAGCGAGUCUUCCUCACCAUCUCCAACUACAUCUUCACUGCCAUCUUCGUGAGCGAGAUGACCCUCAAAGUGGUCUCCAUGGGCUUCUACCUGGGGGAACAGACCUAUCUGAGGAGCAGCUGGAACGUCCUGGAUGGCUUCCUGGUGUUCGUGUCCCUGAUUGACAUCGUGGUGUCCAUGGCAGGCGGGGCGAAGAUCCUGGGCGUGCUCAGAGUGCUCCGGCUGCUGCGGACACUGCGCCCCCUCAGGGUGAUCAGCCGGGCUCCGGGCCUCAAGCUGGUGGUGGAGACGCUGAUCACGUCCUUGAAGCCCAUCGGGAACAUCGUCCUCAUCUGCUGCGCAUUCUUCAUCAUCUUCGGCAUCCUGGAGUACAGGUGCGGUGUGUGUCUGUUCAAAGGGAAGUUUUUCUACUGCUUCGGACUUGACGUCAGGAACAUCACCAACCGAUCCGACUGCCUGCAGGCCAACUACAAGUGGGUCCACCACAAGUACAACUUUGACAACCUGGGACAGGGUGAGACAUGACAGAGAGCCUGUGCCCUCAUGUCCCUGUUCGUGCUGGCAUCCAAGGAUGGCUGGGUGAACAUCAUGUACCACGGACUGGACGCGGUGGGGUUGACCACCCGGUGGACCAACAACAACCCCUGGAUGCUGCUCUACUUCAUCUCCUUCCUGCUCAUCGUCAGUUUCUUUGUCCUCAACAUGUUCGUGGGCGUGGUAGUGGAGAACUUCCACAAGUGCCGGCAGCAUCAGGAGGUGGAGGAGGCGAAGCGCCGAGAGGAGAAGCGCCAGCGACGCAUGGAGAAGAAGAGGAGGAAUGCCCAGAAACUUCCGUACUACUCGAGCUACAGCAGAGUCCGUCUGAUGGUUCACACCCUGUGCACCAACCACUGGCUAGUCAUCAUCACCUUCAUCAUCUGUUUCAACGUCAUCACCAUGUCUCUGGAGCACUACAGCCAGCCCUCUCUGGACCUGGUCCUGAAGUACUGUAACUAUUUCUUCACCACCUUUGUUCUCGAGUCGAUCCUCAAACUCAUCGCUUUCGGCUUCCGCGGCUUCUUCAAAGAAAGGUGGAACCAGUUGGACCUGGCCAUUGUGCUGCUGUCUGUGAUGGGCAUCACUCUGGAGGAGAUCGAGAUCAGCUCCGCUCUGCCCAUCAACCCCACCAUCAUCAGGAUCAUGAGGGUGCUGCGCAUCGCACGAGUGCUGAAGUUACUGAAGAUGGCCACUGGAAUGCGCGCCCUGUUGGACACAGUAGUUCAAGCCCUGCCUCAGGUGGGUAACCUGGGCCUGCUCUUCAUGCUGUUGUUCUUCAUCUACGCCGCCUUGGGGGUGGAGCUAUUUGGAGAGUUGGUGUGCAAUGAGGACUACCCGUGUGAGGGGAUGAGUCGUCACGCCACCUUUGAGAACUUCGGCAUGGCGUUCCUCACCCUGUUCCAAGUCUCCACCGGGGACAACUGGAACGGCAUCAUGAAGGAUACGCUGCGAGAGUGCCCGCCGGACGACUACGCAUGCAACCCCAGCCUGCAGUUCAUCUCUCCGCUGUACUUCGUCUCCUUCGUGCUCACCGCCCAGUUCGUGCUCAUCAACGUGGUGGUGGCCGUGCUGAUGAAGCACCUGGACGACUCCAACAAAGAGGCCAAGGAGGAGGCGGAGAUGGACGCUGAGAUCGAGCUGGAGCUGGCCCAGGGCACCCUCUGCUGCAUGGGCACGCCAGGGUGUGGCGGCGGGGGCGGGAGUGCCCCCCCGGAGAAGGUCUGCCCCGGUGGGAAGGACAGAGGGGGGGGGAGGGGGGGGCGCCGGGGCGGAGGGACGACGAGGGCGGAGGCAGGAGAGACGGCCCGUCACCGCGGCACCGCGCCCCCCCCGCAGCACGGACCCCUGGGCUCCUCCCACUCCAGCCAGAAGCAGUACUCCCCGGCUCAGGAGAGCCAGUGGCUGGACAGCGUGUCUCUGCUCAUCAAGGACUCCCUGGAGGGCGAGAUGCAGAUGAUUGACAACCUGUCGGGCUCUGUCUUCCACCACUACUCCUCCCCGCCCCCCGUCUGCCGGGACUGCAGGGUCCGCACGCAAGAGCAGAUCCAGAUGGCGGAGAUCGAGCAGGCCUCCCUGAGGUCGGAGCCGCAGUCUGACAAGUCGUCGUCGCCCCCCCCCCUCCCUGACGACCUCAGCCUGGAGGAAGGCGCCGGCCGCUACCAGCUGCUGCUGCACAGCGACCACAAGGCUGUGAACCAGCGUUCCUUAGGAGGGAGCCAGGAGAACAGCGACUCCCAGAGCUCAGAGGAGGCGGGGGGCUUCCACCAGGCAGGAGACACCCAGACCCAGACCCAGGUGGGGCUGGAGCCCCCCUCCCUGAUCUCAGGAGAGGCCCAGAAGGAGGAGGAGGUGGAGGAGGAGGGGAGGGCGCUGCUGGAGCUGAUGAGCUGGAGGUCCAGGCAGACCAGCCACCAGCAGCACCACCAGAGGAGCCCCGUCUGUCAGCCCAAGCCAACCGUCCACCCCUCCCUCUCCCAGGGGCGUGUCGAGCAGCAGGGGGCGGAGUGCCGAGGGGGACGAGAACGCCGAGAGGGGUCCGGGGACCCGCUGUCCCGCUUCCGCCUACCGGUGGACUUCUUCCACCAGUGGCGGUCCCCCAAUCCCGGCCCGCCCCGCAGGCGCAGCCUGCGUCUGACCCGGGGCUUGAGGCUGACCUCGCCUGCCACCUGGGCCUCGCUGAGAUCCCCCGGGGCCCGCAACACCACGCUCUGCACGCAGGUCACACCCGUCCACAGCGACUCGUCCCUGGCAACGGGCAGCUGAGGCAGCCUGCAGACCACACUGGAGGAGGGCCUGAGCUUCAGCGUGUCCCCGCCCGGAACCUGGACCCCCCCUUCCCCCUGGCGCCUCUCCCCCUCCUCUUCCCCUCGCUUACGUUGCACAGGGACGACCCCGCCGCCGCCGGCCCCCCCCCAGGCACCGGCCGCCUUCCGGCCUCACCCUCCAGGCCACCAGGGGCCACAGAGGAGCCAGAGCAGCGGCCGCGGCAGCGCCAGCCCGGGCUGCACACGGGAGGACUCCAUGGACCCCUCGGACGAGGACCUGGGCAUCGGCAUCGGCAUCGGCCCCUCCCUGGGGGGCUGCGGCUGCGGCCAGGCGGGGAACAGCGAACACUUGUCAGAGACGCUGAGCAGCCUGUCGCUCACCUCGCUGCUCUCGCCCGGCUCCCUUGCGCCCCGCGGAGGCGGCGUGAAGAAGUGCAGCAGCACAGGGAGCCUUGAACAGGGGGGGGCGCUGCUCUCGUCACGGGGCAGGGAGGGCCACAAGGGGGUCCUGGGUCUGGAGCUCAUGGACCCUCAGGGCUUCCUGGCCAACCCCUCGAUGGGGCUUGGGGACGGGCGGGGCAGCGGGGGGCGGCGGGGGGACGGAGGAAGGGGCGGCGGGCACGAGUCCUUCAGCCUGAAGAGCUCCAACCAGACGCUGGUGGGGCCCCGCCGGAAGAACAGAUGAAGAACACCGCCGCCCCCCGCCUCGUGUCCCCACCCUCUGGCUCCGAACCGUCGCCUCCCCCUUUACUCUCCCUGUCACACUGCGGCCGGCGUGACGUCACUUGAUGUCCUGUGUUCCCACCCCCAUCCCGCCCAGACCCUGUCCGGAUGUGUUUGUGAGCGCGCCCAGGCUGAACUCGGGCGGUCCGGUGGGUCAGAGGAGGACUAGUGUGGCCCUCAGAGCGGGGGCCAACAGGGCAGAACAGGGCCUCUAGCUGCUGAGGGCUGGUACCACUAGAGGCCACGCAUGGUUCUGGUCGACUGCAGCCCGGAGGCCCUCUUUAUAUCAGGGAGUUUACAGCAAAAGGCACAGAGCUGAAAAUCAAAAGACACACACAGAAUGGUGUUCCUUGCUUCCCUACUGUCUUUUUCCUCUGUUUGUUGGUUUCGCUGUUCGGCGUCUCGGGGUCUCGGACGGUGACAGUGCAGCAGUAGAAGGAUCCGGUUUAGACCCGUUCCACGCCGGCCCCGCGGCUCGACAGCGGCUCCGCGGGGUGGGGCGUGGGGCAUGGUCAGCAGGAGGAAAUACAAUGGCGAAGAUGGGAACCAGCCGGUCAUCUGUCUGCGAGCAGGAGCAGAAGUCCGUCACCGCGCCGCUCUCCCCCACCAGGAGCUUCUGCUGAGAGGGUUAGGGUUAGUGCGAGGUGGAGGAGAGUUCAUGUGUGUGUGUGUGUUUGUGAGUGUGUUUUUCUAUGUGUGUGAUUGCGUGUCAGAAGGCUGAUUGCCUGAAUGCAGCACAUGGAGAACGGCCUCAGCACGUCUUUAUAUCUUUAGCGGAGUAUUCAGGAUGAGAGGAACUCCGGAAGAGGAACCUCUGCCAACAGCUUUUUGAGUGGCAGCUGUACACAAACGGAACCUUGCAUGCAGUGAUAUGUGACUCUUCUUUAUGGGUUUUCUUUGCGGGUUUAACCUCGGGCAUUGCUCAAUCAAACAUGGAAGGGGAGCAGCGAGCGCUGAUGAAAGAAGGACGUUUGAAGAAUAAAAGGACAUUUCCUUAGAGUAGAGGAGAGUGAAGGGAUGUAUUGUAACCGUAUAAUCCAAAGGGAUUUGUUUGUCUGAAGAGUUAUUUAGGACCACGCGAUGGACUUGUCGCACACUCCACAUGGGUUGGACUGCAUGACGGAACCUCAUUUAAUCCUUUGCUCUGUAUUAACGAUGUCAGUGUCGGUGAUUACCACGUGGUUCUAUUCACUUUUUUUGUCCACGAGCGACUAGGCCAGUGUUUCUCUGUCCCCACGCCCCUUUACAGUCUUAAGUAUCGUCAGGACUCUGUCUGCCAGUGACUUCCACUUUUUAUAAGGUUGGAGAAAAGAUUACUUUUUUAAAAUGGUGUCAUGUGGAAAAACCACCAAGCAAAAAAUGUAUUCCUGAGCUUGAAGUAAUGUUCCCUUAGUUCCUGCUUCGACCACCUCCUCCACCUCCACACCUCAACCCCCACCUCUCCCCCGGGCUCCACCUCCUCCACCCCUCUCUGGGCUCAAACCUCCUCCACCUCCAAGACCCUCCACCCCGCGACGAGGACUCUUCUCCCUCCUGUACUUGUUCUGGUUCCGGUCGGCACAGAGAGACGCAGGAUCAUCACAGUAGGACUGCAGCCAGAACCCAUAACCUGCAGCAAUGACGUUCACACUGGGCUGACCCACACACUGGGAGGGAGGGCCUAACCUACACACUGGGUUGACUUUGGUUUCUGUUGGCCUUUGCUUCCGAUGCUAACAGAGAACAUCACUACAGAUUAAAAAGAACAAAAACGAAAAUGCUGGUCUGUUUGAAGCUUUAGUGUGUGUGUGGAGGCUCACGGCCCUGAGCACGGCUCUGGGAGCGCCGUACAGGACGUCUCUGCUCCUCAUCGUCUUCUUUAACUGACACCCUGAUGCACUUGACAUGCUCUUCCUCCUGCUCCUUCUAUUCCUUUCACACACACACACACACACACACAUCUGUUGUAGCAACACUUUUAUACAGCCUGGAGGGGCCAAUGGGAGCUGGAGCGGGAGCGGACCGGGGUUCGGGAAACAUUCGGAGGGUGGGGGAGGGGGGUUUUGGAUGUCAUGCCAGUGGAUUGAUUGAUUAUUGAAGUAGGAGAUGUUGAUCUUUAGAGCCUAAUAAGACUUGUAUAUCAUUAGUGUUUUUAUCAUGACCUUUGAGUUAUUUUGGAAUAUAAUGAGGUGAGAAAAGAAUGCGAGGGUGGACCUUUUUGGUGACUGUUUAAACCACAUGAUGUUGAAUAUCAAUGAUUGAUAUUGGCGACGAACAUUGUAUGUGUGCGCCCGUAUGUGUGUGUGUGUGUGUGCCUGCCUUUGAGUGUGUGCAUGUGUACUUAUGCAUGCGUGUGUGGAUGUGUGUGUAUGGGACAGAGAUAGUGUAUAUGUGCGCAUACAUGUGCGUGCAUGUGUGCGUGUUUUUCUGUGUGUGCGUACAUCUGAACAGCGUCAGGUGAGCCCCUCCCUGACAGUUUGUGUUCCAUGGCGACAUGAUCACAAUCUGUCGUCCGGGCGGGACAACAUCACAACAACAAACAAAGGCAACCUUGAAGGGCUGUUUGAGCUUCAAAGAAACGGUCCUCCUUGGAGGUCAGAGGUCAGAGGUUAACCUGACUACACAGCAAUAAAUGUUCUAUGUGACCCUCA